CACAAAAUCCUCAAUAUCCUUUCCCCGAAAAUUUACUUCACCCCGCACCAAAUCAUGAAAAAAGUAAUUUCUUUCGCGGGGAAUUUUUAAGCGCAAAACAUGAGGAAUUUUUUUUUGGAAAAAACAAGCACGUUCUCCAAGAACUACAAAAAAGAGGUCAUGAAAUCUGUAUCGCUACGGGACGUAAUUACUUAUCGGCUUUGCCGUUUUACAAAGAAAUAGGUUUGAAUGGCUUUCUCAUUACUUAUAAUGGGGCUUACAUUCAUCACCCAAUAAAAAAGGACCGGACAUUAUCGGCAGUUAUUCCUAUCUCUAAAUCAGUGGUUCAGAAUAUAUUAACUAAAGAUAUUAUCCAAAAAAAUUUACUUAAUAUUAUGGUUGAUUCGAUAGAUAGAGAAAGCAUUUCCACCAGUGAUGACGUUUAUUAUCAAGAGGUUUUUUUUAAUCAUUGUUUACAAUUAGUUCUGGAAUUCCCCAACGAAGAGAAAAAAAUUAAUAAAAUCAUUUCUACUUUGAGAAAAGAGCAUAAAUAUAGUAUUACUUUCUAUUAUGGAGAAAAACUAAAAGCCGCCCGAGAAGGGGAAAAAAUAUUAGUUCCCGACCCAACUAAGUCGAUAAUUAAAAUCCGUAAUUACAAUGCCAAUAAAGGGGAAGCAGCGAAAUUAGUAGCUAGUUCUUGCGAAGUUCCUCUAAUGCAUACUAUUGCCUUUGGUAAUGACAUCAAUGACAUUGAGAUGAUGGAAAAAGUUGGAAUUGGGGUAGCGGUUUCGAACAGUGUUAAUAAUUUAAAAGCCUACGUUCAUGAUAUUACCGAAUUUGAUAGCCACAGUGGCGGGGUAGCCAAAUAUUUAACUGAUUAUUUUGGUUGGUCAGUAAUUUUUCCAAGUACUCAAAAGUCUCCAAAUAGGUGGUUAGUUCCUCCUCCUUUAUUUCUAAUUGGAGUUCUUGGGCGAGUUUCUGAUAGGAAAGAUAAUAAAAAUUCUAAUACUUCUCGCUCAGCACCUUUUCUAGAAACUAUCUUUGGAAAAAUUAUUAUUGUCAUAAUAGCAGCAGUUGUGGAAAAAGAUGGUUAUGAGGCUUGUCAAUUGGCUUUUGGGCAAUGUCGUAGUAAGAUUUUAAAUCAGCCGCAAUUAGGACAUUUAAACAAAAAUAAUCUUUCAUCUUAUAAGUAUUUACGAGAAAUAAGAGAUAUGUCAGGAUUUGAAGUUGGCUCUCUGAUUGAUUUGUCUUGUUUUCAGGCUGGCGAAAAAGUUAAAAUCACGGGAGAUUCCCUAGGCAAAGGCACUGCCGGAGUAGUUAAAAGACAUGGUUUUGCUCUUUUGGGAGGAUCGCAUGGUGUUGGUCCGAUUCGUCGUUCGGGUGGUUCAUUAGCAGGUGGACGAGGCACUCGGCAAAAAGUCUCGAAAAAUAAGAAAAUGGCCGGCCGGAUGGGUAACAAAAAG